UGAAAGAAAUUGCCAAGAAGUGAUGUCUUUUGCCAAUUGCGGGUUGCCCUAUUGUUGUUUCUUUUUAUAAUACUUCGAACUAUAAAGUUUUAUCAAUGUUUUUCUCGAUUAAUAAUUAAUAUUAAUAUAAUAUUAAAAUUAAUGAUUGAGCCAAAUCAAUUAAUUACAAAUUGUGAGACAAUUAUUAUUUAGAAUCAAAUUAAUAAUUGCUAUUUGGGAAAAAUUUCUGUAGAUAUUGUAGUWUCCUAGGAGAAAUAAAUUAGUUAAAUAAGUCUUAACUACCUACUUGAUUUUAUAUGUUUUUAAAUAUUUUUUGAAAUUAACAUGGCAACUAAAUCUGAGGAAACCUCAACACCAGUUCCAAAAAUGGUUGUUUUUGAUUUGGAUUAUACAUUGUGGCCAUUUUGGGUUGACACUCAUGUAAAUCCCCCUUUUCAUAAAAGAGCUGAUGGUAAAGUAGUAGAUUACAGAGGAUGUGUAAUCAAACAUUAUCCAGAUACACCAAAAGUCUUGAAAUAUCUUCAUGACAAARAUAUUGGCAUUAGUGUGGCUUCAAGAACUGGAGAAAUUGAUGGAGCUGAGCAACUCAUACAGUUAUUUGGUUGGAAUAAAUAUUUUCAAAACAAACAAAUUUAUCCUGGUAGCAAAGAUCGACAUAUAAAUAUGAUAAGCAAAAAAUGUAAUAUCAAACUGGAGGAAAUGAUUUUUUUUGAUGAUGAACAACGGAACAUUGUUGAUUUGGAACGUUUAGGAGUAGUAUCAAUAUUAGUAAAAAAUGGGAUGACAAUGCCAGUUCUAAUUAAUGGUUUAAAAAAAUUUUCAGAUGUAAGAUCAAAUGUGUGAAGUAUUGUGUUAUUGUUUUAAGUACCAUAAAUUUAUAACCAUGAAUUUUGUAAUGAUUGUUGUAAUAUUUGAAACAGAACUUCAAUAUUGUGUUACCAUAUAUUUUUAACCAUACUGAUAUACUAUGAUGGUAUUGUAUUACACUAUUAAAUGUGGUCAUUUAAUCCU